ACUAAAUCAAAAGCUCAAAUUUGUGGCAUUAACUCCAAGAAAUAGUUUUACUCCCUCGGUCCCACUCUCUUUGUCCAGUUACCUUUUGGCACACCAUCCAAUGCACUUUUUCAAUCCAUUUUAUCUUGUAAUUUCUAUAUUAAAAAAUUAUAAAAAUUAUAUAUUAAUAAUCUAUAUGUUAAGACGAAUCAAACAAGAUCACACAUGACUAUUUUUAGGCUUACACAUUGAGAGAAUUUGAUGAGUCAAAGUGCUUAGAUGAACAGUUCCAAAAGUCAAAACUGGACAAAGACAAUGAGACGGAGGUAGUAUAUUCUAUUGUAGAUUAGGGUUAGGGUUUCAACUAUAAGAGGAGAUGUACCCAUCGGGAUUACUAUGGGAGAAUAAUCAAAAACCCUAAUUAGUCUAUCUUCUUUACCUCUCUUGCGGCGCAUCUGGUGCGCCUAUUCUUCUCUUCUUCGUCUCAACUUUCCGGAGCCCGGAGGCGCUCGAAGUCUCUCCCAACCGAUACAAGAACGUAUCAUUGGUGCUCUUGUUGAGUUUGUUUGACCAUGUCCGCUUCCCAGAACCCUCUCACGGACCAUCUGACGGCAAUUGAAGCUCGCUUCAAGGAGUUGCAUGACUCUUUGCGGGAGACGGUGACUCAACUGCAGCGUGACUUUGAGACGAGAUUGACCCUUCAAUCCUCCAAACUCGAUGCUCAAUAUAAUCGGGUCGAGGCUCUGCUCAUCGCCGGGCGCACCAGCAACCAACACCGCGGCCACGGCGACAAAAAUUUGGGUGGUGAGUUCCACGUCGACCGGGGUGGUUCCUCAUAUACACCCAAACCUAAGCUCGAGUCCCCGAAGUGUGACGGUUCGGAACCGCUGCGUUGGCUGUAUAAGGUAAAAGAGUACUUUGAAUUCUACGAUACUCCGCCGGAUGAACGCCUCCGUUGUAUCACUUUGAUGUUGGAAGGAGCAGCGGCAGACUGGUUUCGAUGGCGCAUGGAAAACAAAUUGAUCGACGGGUGGGACGACUUUGUUGACAAGUUUAAGCAGCGGUUCGACCCCAAUCAAUACAUUGACUACUUUGGGCAGCUUGCUAAAUUGCGGCAACAGGGGGCUGUUAUAGAUUACCAGACAGCCUUUGAAAAAGUUCUACAGCAUGUGUCCGGCGCGAAUGAGGAAAUAUUGGUCUCCCUUUUUCAUGCAGGUUUGAAGCACCAUCUACAACAGGAAAUUGCCAUGCACAAACCUCAAACAUUAUCAGAAUCCUUUGCAUUGGCUCGUGAACUUGAGGCAAAACAUCUCGCCUUGGUGAACUCCGUCCAACAGCGAUCGUCGUAUGGCACAUCGGGUGGCAUACCGCGACAACCCGUCCAAGGUUUACGCGCCGCGCCAACGGAACCCUUGCUCCCGACACCCCCAAAGCCACCCUCAGUUCCUCACACAAUUCGUCGCCUCUCCCCGGCCGAGAAAGCAGCCAAGGACGCAAAGGGACUAUGUUACAACUGCGACCAAAAAUGGUCGCGUACUCACAAAUGCGGACGGUUCUUGUUGAUUUGUGGGGCCGACGCCGAGGAGGAGGAUCUGUCUGCCGAGCCUGAGGACGACCUACUGGUCACUGCCGACAUCUCUAGCUUAAAUAAUUUUGCAGGACUUCAACCCCCGCGUUCCCUACGGCUCAUGGGACGCAUUGGCAGUCACGACGUUCGGGUCCUCAUUGACGGGGGAAGCACUCAUAAUUUUAUUCACCCGGAGAUUGUGGCGCGUCUACAACUACCACUUCAAGCAGUUACACCAUUCUGGGUUUACGUCGGUAAUGGGGACGCCAUGCCGUGCGCAUCCCGGUGUGUCGGGGUACCCCUCUUAAUGCAGACUCAUCUCUUUUCUGUUGAUUUAUUUGUGUUGCAGAUUCAUGGGCAAGAUAUUGUAUUGGGUGUCCAAUGGCUUCAACAGUUCGGAAAGGUAUCCCAAGAUUAUGCACAAUUAACCUUGGAAUUUACAUGGGAGGGCCGAUCUGUCCAAAUUCAAGGAGAUAAUGCACCCAAACCGGUUUCUCUUUCUAUGUUUCGCUCGUUGCACGCGUCUCACCUCAUUACGGAUUAUUAUGAGCUCUUGUCUGUUACUCACGGGGAGUGUGCGGUUCCGGCUGUUGAUGAACUCCUAACCGAACGGACAGCGCUGUUACACCGGCUGCGGGAGAACCUUCAGGCUGCACAAGCACGUAUGAAAGCAGCGGCCAACCCCCACCGUCGGGACGUUCAAUUUCACGUCGGGGACUGGGUUUUGUUGAAAUUGCAGCCCUACAGACAGCAUUCAGUGGUACGCCGGGGUUCCCAAAAGCUUGCACGCAGAUUUUACGGGCCGUACCAGAUUCUUGAACGCAUUGGGUCAGUCGCCUACCGGUUAGACCUGCCCGCCAAUUCCAAAAUCCACCCGGUAUUCCAUGUCUCACUCCUCCGCCCCUAUCGCGGAGAUUCGCCUACAGUAACACCCCUUCCGCUGCCGGUGGAUUUGGUGGAUGGUCGGCCCCCGUCUCGACCACUCAAAGCACAUGCAUGGCAGACCACCCUGGUUAAUGGAGUCCCAGAGCAGCAGGUACUGGUUGAGUGGACGGAUGGUGGCUUGCAUGACGCUACUUGGGAGCCGGUGGAUGCUCUUCGACGACAUUAUCCUGAUAUGCACCUUGAGGACAAGGUGCCUUUUGAACAAGGGGGGAAUGUUACGAGUACUCCACUGGGGGAUGACGGAGCAGUAGAGAAUGAAUGUGGGGAACCAACACGGGACAGUGACGAUGGGCAGCCGGGGGACGCAGGGAGUCCGGUGCGUAGGGGCACAAGAACGAGACGACCACCGGCAUGGCAUGCGGACUACGACACGUAGUUAUUUUUAGUAGUACUUCUAUUACUUUCAUUAUUAUUGUUUUAUUUAAUAAUUGUAAUAGAUUUUCUUAGGAGAGCGGUCUAUAAGCUCCUUCAAGGGUUUUCUUUUCGGUUCUUUCCCUUGACGCCUUUAUUGAACCGACAGGUAGAUUAGG